CUACAAUUAAUAUAUCAAUCAUGACAAAAUACGCUACAGACGUUAGAAUCAAACUUAACAAUGGUCUUGAGAUUCCAGCUCAAGGUUUGGGAACUGUUCCUCCGGAUGGCCACCCAGAGGCUGUUAAGGAUCAAGUUCUCGCUGCAGUCAAGGCAGGCUACCGUCACAUUGAUACUGCGUGGUAUUAUGGUUCUGAAAAAUACAUUGGACAAGCAUUGCAAGAACUUUUCAAAGAAGGUGUCGUCAAGAGAGAGGAUUUGUGGAUUACAACCAAGGUUUGGCCCUCAUAUUGGCACAGUCCUGAAAAAUCUUUGGAUACCUCUUUAAAAGACUUGCAAAUUGACUAUGUUGAUUGCUUCUUGCAACAUUGGCCCGUUUGUCUUCAUGGAGGAGCUGAUGGAACUCCAGCAGAACCACGUAACGAUCAAGGUGGAUUGGAUUAUGACGAUGAUCCAGUUACUGGAACUAAAUUCAUUGACGUCUAUCACACUCUUGAAGAUAUUCUUGAUAACACAAACAAGGUUAAGUCAAUUGGUAUUUCCAACUACUCUAUUCCAAAGCUUAAACAACUCUUGCCAAAGGUAAAAAAACAUGUACCUGUUGUCAAUCAAUUCGAAUAUCACUGUCAAUUGCCUCAAAAGGACUUGACUGACCUUUGUAAAAAACACAAUAUUGUCGUCAUUGCCUACAGUCCAGUGGGAGGUCCAGGUGCACCAGUGUUGAAGCUUCCAUUGGUGAAGAAAUUGGCCGAGAAGUAUGAUGUAUCAGUCAAUGAGAUCGCCAAUGCCUAUCACAUCCUUGAAGGAAGAGUUUCUAUUCCAAGAUCCUCGAACUUGGAAAGAAUUAAAACUACCACUAAAUUACCUCCUUUAACCUCAGAAGAAUUAAAGGAAUUAUAUGAAGUUGGUGAGGCAAAUCCAACAAGAUACACCAACGAUGAAUGGGGAUUUGGACUUGGUUUCAGAUGGUGGAAAGGUGAUGUUUUAAGUAAGGAAUUUGAUUAAGUAGCUGGGCUAGUAAAUUUUGUUAAUUUAUGACAAAUAUAUAUUUCUUCCUUAAGAUAUGAACGAUGUAACCUUUUCGGACCAAAGAUCUUAAUUUGUAGUAUAGAGAACCGUAUUGAAAAAGGAGGAGUUAGUAGU